GUUAGAUAGAGGCUAUUCAACACAUUUUGUGGUAAAAUGGUCUCUCAAAGAAAAAAAUUGUACCUAAUCCUACUUAUAAGUCUGUUCAUUGUCAAUAUUGAAGAGAUUGAAUCAGCAGAAUAUGAUUUUGACUUCACACUUGAUGAAUCAGGAAUAAUAACUGUCAAUUUUGGGUCGUUCCAGUUAUCUUUAUAUGAUAAUUUCACAGUUGGUGCUACUUCUAAUGGCUGUAUAUGGCUAGUUGACUUGGACAGACCGAAAACAAAAGAGAGAGAAAAUAUGGGAGGAAUUCGUGAAUGUUACUUAGACUGUCAAAGCUGGCAUGUGUAUCCAUUCGCAAAGUGGAGACCUGAUAGAAUACAAGGUAACAAGGUAUGAUAAAGUAUGGCUGUACAGAAACUGAUUGGAUCUGCAAAGAAAAUGGAAAAAUAACACUCCUUACUCAAUGCAUCACUGAACAAUAUCUUCAACUGUUCUCAUUCAAAUGCUUUGCUCAAAUUUUUGCAGAAACGUACACGCCUCAUUUUCUGAAUGUUCAGUAUUCUUCUUUAUCUCUCUGUAGAUUAUAUCUUUUCGAAUAAAUGCAUAUUCAAAA